GAAGUAUGCACUUUUCCCAAUAGAAGAUGGUAAUCUCAGAGAAUGACCAUGGAGAAGGGGAUGAGUUCUGGAGAAGGGGUGCCUUCCAGAUCAUCUCAGAUUUCGACUGUUAAAAUAACAGUCAAAGAGUUGGAAACAAAGCAGUCCCAUAAGGAGAAGCGAGGGGGCUUUGUGUUGGUACAUGCAGGUGCAGGUUAUCAUUCUGAAUCCAAAGCCAAGGAAUAUAAACAUGUAUGCAAACGAGCUUGUCAGAAGGCAAUUGAAAAGCUACAGGCUGGUGCUCUUGCGACAGAUGCAGUGACUGCGGCUCUGGUGGAACUCGAGGAUUCUCCUUUUACAAAUGCAGGAAUGGGAUCUAAUCUAAAUCUCUUGGGUGAAAUUGAGUGUGAUGCCAGCAUAAUGGAUGGAAAAUCCUUAAAUUUUGGAGCUGUUGGAGCACUGAGUGGAAUCAAGAAUCCAGUCUCAGUUGCAAACAGACUCUUGUGUGAAGGGCAGAAGGGCAAGCUCUCGGCUGGCCGCAUUCCUCCCUGCUUUUUAGUUGGAGAAGGAGCCUACAGAUGGGCAGUAGAUCACGGAAUACCCUCUUGCCCUCCUAACAUCAUGACCACAAGAUUCAGUUUAGCUGCAUUUAAAAGGAACAAGAGGAAACUAGAGCUGGCAGAAAGAGUGGAAACAGAUUUCAUUCAACUAAAGAAAAGAAGACAAUCAAGUGAAAAGGAGAAUGACUCAGGCACUUUGGACACAGUGGGCGCUGUAGUGGUGGACCAUGAAGGGAACGUUGCUGCUGCUGUCUCCAGUGGAGGCUUGGCCUUGAAACAUCCAGGUAGAGUUGGACAGGCUGCUCUUUAUGGAUGUGGCUGCUGGGCUGAAAAUACUGGAGCUCAUAAUCCCUACUCUACAGCUGUGAGUACCUCAGGAUGUGGGGAGCAUCUUGUGCGCACCAUACUGGCUAGAGAAUGUUCACACGCUUUACAAGCUGAAGAUGCUCACCAAGCACUGUUGGAGACUAUGCAAAACAAGUUUAUUAGUUCACCUUUCCUGGCCAGUGAAGAUGGCGUGCUGGGAGGAGUGAUUGUUCUUCGAACUUGCAGGUGUUCUGCAGAAUCUGACUCCUCCCAAGAUAAGCAGACACUUCUAGUGGAAUUUUUGUGGAGCCACACGACAGAGAGCAUGUGUGUUGGAUAUAUGUCAGCCCAGGAUGGGAAAGCCAAGACUCACAUUUCAAGACUCCCUCCUGGUGCAGUGGCCGGACAGUCCGUGGCAAUCGAAGGUGGGGUUUGCCGCCUGGAGAGCCCGGUGAACUGACCCUUCAGGCCGAGCGUGAAGCGUCCAAGAGACAUUUCAGAGCCUGAGCAUUUCGGGGGUUUUAAACUGAAGUUGGAUGUUUUAUCUUUGCCAUUUUAUAAUCCCUCUUGCAGCCUCGUGAACCGCUCGCGACACUAGUGCUGCUGUAGUUAGCGCUUGGUGACCUGCGGGCCUGAGUGUGUGCGUGUGUGUGCGUGUGUGCAGUGUGUGCAGUUGCUUCUCCCUCGAUGAAAUACAAACUCCUUAUCGUGUCACCUAAGACCUGCAAUGAUUAAAUCACCUUUACGAAACGUGUGCUUUACUGUUUACAAGUAAAACCUAAAGUUGCAAAGGAAACAUUUUUGAUUUCAUACAGAGGUACCAGCUGUCGUUGGUGUAAUGUGUCUGAGCUGAAGAGUAAAUCUCGUUUAAAUGAGUUGACAGUGGUAGUGCUCCAUUUAAUAACAGUACUAAGUGAUAAAGUGUUUUUAUUUGUUAACCAGUUUAAGUGGAUCCUGUGCUAACUUAAACUGUUAUUCUCAUCCCUCAUAUGGGGCAUUUUUCUUUAACAAAGAAUGGUUUCAGUGAAACAAUCUAGCAGAGAAUUAAGGUCAGAACCUUUUUAAAUAAUAGUCUUAUUGAUAAAGUUUGUACUUCUUUCCUCAAGCUUUUCUAAGCUUAAUUAAAUACUGCAUAUCUUCGAGCUAUAUGUACUAUAUUAUGAGAGAAUAUGUAAAGAGAGCAUACAGGAAUGCACAGUCCUUAAUUUGUGUAUAAUGGAAUGUUAUUUACAAUGUAACACUGUAAAUAAGAAAGCAAAAUUUAUGGGAAAAUUCAAUAUUAUCUUUGUUUCUUGUUUAAAUAUAUUUUUAAGAUAAAGGCACAAAAA